CUCUGAUCCAAUUCCUCGGAACACGGAACCCCUCGAUGAGCAUCCCCGGAAAGUGGCCCCAAGUCGGCGGCUCAGGGGACUCUGGGACCUCUCCAGUCUCUUCCCCCAGAAGGACGCUAACUCCGCCCUCACGGUCCGGCCAGGCAGAACCUGUCUAAUUCUUAUUCCGACUAUUAAAGCUGCAGUGGGACGGUCACCGGGACAGGCUUCGAUCUCGGUCGGCUGCACACGCUUUGGAGAUACCCGAGCGGGCGGUCUUGGACUCAGCGGGGCACUCCAAGGCUCCGGGAGAGCAGGCAGGAGCCGAGAGAGUUGAAGGAAAGAGGACCUCGCGACCAUGGAAGCUACCCAGGCGGAGCAGUUCGAGAGCAUGCCUCAGGAUUUGUCAGAGGCCCUGAAAGAAGCCACAAAGGAGGUUCACGCCCAGGCUGAGAAUGUGGAAUUCCUUCGGAAUUUCCAGAAGGGGCAAGUGCCCCGAGAAGGCUUCAAGAUGGUGAUGUCUUCUCUGUAUCACAUCUAUUUGGCCUUGGAAGAGGAGAUGGAGCAGAAUAAGAGGCACCCGGCUCUCGUGCCCAUCUACUUCCCCGAGGAGCUGGCCCGCACGCCGGCCCUAGAGCAGGACAUGAGGUUCUGGUACGGCCCCCGGUGGAGGCACGAGAUCCCCUACACGGCCGCCACCAAGAAGUACGUGGAGCGGCUCCGGGACCUGGGCCGCACGGAGCCGGAGCUGCUGGUGGCCCACGCCUACACGCGCUACCUGGGGGACCUGUCCGGGGGGCAGAUCCUUAAGAAGAUCGCGCAGAAGUCCCUGGGGCUCCCCAGCACAGGGGAAGGGGUGGCCUUCUUCACCUUCCCGGCCAUCGCCAACGCCACCAAAUUCAAGCAGCUCUACCGUUCCCGCAUGAACGCCAUCGAGAUGAGCCCAGCCACCAAGAAGAAGGUGGUGGAGGAGGCACAGACGUCCUUCCUCCUGAACAUCGAGGUAUUUGAGGAGCUACAGGAGUUGCUAUCCAAGAACCAGGAGAAUGGGAACAUUUCUGGGAAGCAGGAGCUUCGGAAAAGGGCAGGCCACACAGGACAAGGCCUGCCUUCCACAGAGACUCCUUCCCAGAAGCCUCAGCAAAAGCACCUGUCCCACUCCCCUGUUCUCCGUUGGGUCCUCACCCUCUCCUUCAUAGUGGCCACAGUCGCUGUGGGGUUCUACGCCAUGUGAAAGAACCUGAAGAGCCAAGACACUCCGGGGUGGCCUCCCAAGGCCUCCCCUAUUGAGCCCAGAGACUGCCUCCAGAGGGGUUUCCCAAGCAGGGGACCAAAAAAGUCACUUGGCUAGACGUCUUCAGGCCACUACAGGCCAGCUCUUGCAGGGCCUUGGCCCUGGAGCGUCCUCCUCCAUUGGAAAAGACGAGGAGAUUCGCACACUGGCCCAAUGCCCUUCUGGCCUGACUCUUGAACUUUGAAGCGGCCUUCGGCGGGGCCCACAGAUGUAGCAUUCCCUCCCAGUUCUUACAAGGCUUCCAGCCCUGACCAAUGACCCGCCAAGCUCUCCUGGGUUGCCUGCACUUCCUUACUUGACCCAGAAGUGAACACUUUCCCUCCGGCCUUACAGACUGGUUUCUGCUUUCGCAUUCGGACAUGUUGUGUCUUUGUUCAGAGUCCCUUUUUGGUGGGGCUUUGUUUGGUCCCGUCUUCACAGUGUUUGGGUUUGUUUUUGCCCCCCCCCCACACACACACAUGGGGGGAAGGAGUUCUGCCACAUUUCGUGGGGGGGUGUUUGUGUGUUUUUAAAUAGCACGGUUCUAAUGCCAGCGGCCUUGAGCCUAACUCUCUGUGUACACUUUCAAUAAACAGUGUUGUCUAACUUCUCA